AUGAAUUUGGAUACAUUUAUUAGACAGAUAUGCAUAUUUUCUAUCUUUAUUUUAGCUAAUCAAAUAUAUUCUUACCCUGUUUUGUUUAUAUCUGAUUUACAAGAUCCUGUGAUGCUUUAUUUUGGAAAAUGGACAGUUAGCAACUACGAAGAUUUAUCUAAUACUUUUUGGUUUUAAGUGAAUGAUAAAUAGCACAGGUAUGAACACAACUAAGUUACUACUAUUUCAAAAGUUUAUAAAACAGAUGAUCCUCAUUACAAGCUAACUAUCAACUUCGAUAUUGUCAUAUUUAAUUUAAAUAAAGAUAACACAGACUGUUCAAAUUAAAAUAUAGGCAGCCAUCUAAAUAAUCCUAUGUGCACCGUAAGCUAUGACUGGGAAAACGGAAAAGAUUUUAUUAUUGUUUUAAUUGAUGGAAAUCCAUAUAAAUUUAAUGAUUUCAGUUAAUCAUAAUAGUUGAAUGGAAAGACAGUUUUAAAUUUUAGUAUCACUAUUCCACAUGUUAGAUAAACUCUAAGUUUUGAUUUUAUACCCUACAAUACAAAAUGGAACUUAUUUACAACUCUUGAAAAUCUAAAUAUAUAUUAUGAAGUAUGCAGUGAUAAUUGUUUGUGUCUUUCUUGUUCUAAUUAAGGUAAUUGUUUGCAGUGCUAAUAUACACAAUAUUAUGACACAUUAAGCUAAAAAUGUAUAGACUGUUAACCUAAUUGCUUUUAUUGCUCAGACUCUAGUACUUGCUAUUCUUGCGUAUAAGGAUAUUUUUUAAAUAGUUAAAAUGGAAAAUGUGAAGAUUAAAGUCUGCACCCAAAUUCAAUUGGAAUUGAAGGAAUAUGGGUAUAGUCACCUAGCUCUAAUUGUGAAAUAUGGGAUAAAACAGGAGCAUGUAUUGUUUAAAAGUAAACAAAUGUUUGUCCAGCAGGAUAUUUUGGUCCUAGUUGUAAUUAAUAAUGCGAUUCUAUUUUAAACUGUGAAACUUGUUCAUAAAAUCUAUCUUGUGAUACAUGUAAAUCAACAAAUCCAUUUUAUUAUAACCAAAUAUGCUCUUCUUAAUGCUACUAAUAAGGGUACUAUGCAAAGAGCCAUACUGAAUGUGAUCGUUGUCAUUUUACUUGUUAAACAUGCAAUGGUCCACUUUAGAAUAAUUGUUUAUCUUGUAGACUUUAAAAUUAUUAUUUUAUGGAAAAUACAAACGAAUGUGUUUUGUGCUAAGAUACUUACUUUCCUAAUGAUGUUGAUAACAGUUGUGAUUUAUGUGAAAACGUUUUAAAUAAUUGUUAUAAGUGUGAAAAUAUUGAAAAUUAACCAUAUUGCACAUAAUGUAAAGAUGGUAGUUUCUUGUAUAUGGGUAAAUGCUACCCUGAUUGUGCAAAUUUUUAAAACACAAAAGCAUUUGGUCCUCCUUUAAAUAAAUGUACUGUAUGCUAUGAAGGAUGCUUGUCUUGCAAAGAAUUCAUAAUAGACUAUGAGUGUACUGCUUGUGCCCCAAAUUUCUUUAAAUAUUAAAAUAUGUGCUUACCUUCAUGUGAUAAUGCAAUAGGUACUUAUCCAGAUAUAACUUAAAUGAUAUGCUUAAAUUGUUAAGAUUAUAAUUGUAUUGCAUGUUUAGGAGCAGGGUAUAAUUAAUGUACAAGGUGCUCAUCAUACACUUAAUUAGUAAGUGGAACUUGCAAAUUGUGUGCAAGCAACUAAUUUUUCAAUUAAUUUUAAUCAAUAUGCUAAGAUUGCCCUUUGAAUUGUGAAUUUUGUUAAGAGUAAAACAAAUGCUAAUUAUGCAAAUUAGGUUACUUCUUAGAUUCUUAGUAACCAGGCUCUCCGUGUGUAUCAUUUUGCAGUGGAAUUUAAUAUGGAGAUGUAACAACCAGAGUUUGUUUAAAAUGUCCUCCAGGUACAUUUAAGAAUUAGAUAUCUGGUUAAUGUGAUAAAUGUGAGGAUGGAUGUUAAAUCUGUUUGAGCAAUGGCAAAUGCACCUAAUGUUUCCCUAAUUAUAUUCUCAAUGCAUGUAAUUCAGGAGGUAAAUAAUGUACUUAGUGUCCUCACCCUAAUUAAUAUAGCAUAGGGUCUAAUUCUCAGUGUUUUAAUUGUGAUCCUAUUUGUUAAACUUGCUUCGGUUCAGGUCCUCUAAAUUGCGUAUAAUGUUCAGAUGGAUAUUUUAAAGCAAUCAACAAUCUUUGCCUUGAAUGUGAUCCUUCCUGCUAAGCCUGUAGUCUGGGGCCAACAUUUUGUAUUUCAUGUAAGCCAGGAUAUGAUUAUAUAAGCUACGAGUCCUCUCUUCCAAAAUCAAAAUAUAAAACUUGCUAUAAAAGUUGCCCUGCUGGUUAAAAUACUGAUUAAUAAAAUAAGAUCUGCUAUAGGUGUAGCUAUGCCUGCAAAACAUGUUCAGGACCAGGUGAUAAUUAAUGUUUGACAUGUAUUGAUGAUAUAAAUGGUUUUCCUCUCUACAAAACAUCUGACAAUAAAUGUGUAAUUUAAUGUCCAUUGAAUACAUAUUCUGAUUUAAAAACAAAAAGCUGUCUAAACUGUGAUAAAUCAUGCAGCCAAUGUGUAGGACCAGCUCCUACAGAUUGUACUGUUUGUAACAGUGGUUAUAUUUAUAGAGCUGCAUCUAAGACUUGCCUUACUGAAUGCCCUAUUGGUGAAUAUGAUUAACGUACUUCAAAUACAUGUGAAAAAUGCAUGAAUAUAUGCUAUACAUGCACUAAUGCUAAUUAAUGCACAUCUUGUCCCUCUCCUUUAUACCUUUCUAGUGAAGCAACUUAGUGUCUUACUUAGUGUCCUUAAGAUUAAUAUUAAAAUGAAGAUAAUCGUGUAUGCAUUAUUUGCCCUUCAAAUUGCUUAAAAUGCUAAUCAGUAAAGCUAUGCACAUCUUGCAAAAAUGGAUUUUUACUAUAAAAUGGGUAGUGUGUAAGCUCUUGCUCUGAAGGUUUUUAUCCUUCAAAGGAUAACUAGUCAUGCUUACCUUGCUCUACUUAGUGUGCUUCGUGCAAUGAAUUAAUAUGCUUAAAAUGUGAAAUAAAAUCAUAUGUAAUACUUGGAAAAGAAUGUGUGUAGGAAUGUCCAAAAGAUUAUGUACUCAGAUAAGGCAUUUGCAUUACUACUGAAGACGAAAUAAAAAGAUAUAUGGAUUGUUAUUCUAAUUGUGAUUAAGAAGUUAAGUUUGCUUAAGACUCUGAUAAUGCUGUAAAAACAAUAGAAAUUACUCAAUCAUCAAUGAAUGGAUUUGCAAUGUUUUUCGGAGGAUUAGGUAAUUAUUUUUUUUACUGGUUGCAGAUGUAAUAAAUUAUGGGAAAUAUGAUGUUUUUAAAGAAUGCACGAGCUUUAGGUAUUGGAAAUUUACACUUAAAGACUUUGUAUAUGGAGAACUUAUUUAAUUUGAUUCCUAUUGUAGCACCUUAAGAAGAUGUGAUAAAAAAUUUUGAAGGAAGAACAGAUGCUAUUGCACAAGGCUUAUAGCCAUAGAAUUUGUAUAACUUUUUUGUUUAGAACUGCUAGUAUUCUCUUAGUGCUUUGGCAUUAUGUUUUUUGAUCCUACCUAUCCUUUACAAGGUAUCAAAAGAUAGUGAGUUUUUAAAUUUAUUAUACUUAUAUUGCAGAUGGAAUGUAAUAAUAAGAUUAAUUAUGAUAUCAAGUAAUUUUCUUUUGCUUUGCACCUUCUUUAAGUUUUAGUAAGGAUCUAUGACUGGAAGUUUAAAUAUUGCUGAUUUCUUUUGCAUAGUGAUAUUCCUGGUGAUUUACAUAGCAGCAUUUUCUUUCCUAAUAUACUGUAAUAAAAAAAUGGUGUUACCAUAUCCAACUCAAAGGUCAAUAAAUGCUUUUUAUUAUGAUAUAGAAACUUCAAGUUAUUUGCAAAAAAGUUUUUGGGUAUUUUUUGAAGUUAGAAAAUUAAUAGUUUGCUUUUUGAUAGUUAUUACAGAAGGAAGUGCUGCUGUACCUUGGAUUUAUUUAGUUUUAUGUAUAAUAUUCUUAGCAUAUCAUUAUAAAUUUAAUCCUUUCUUAAAUGUAUUAUUAUAAAGAUAUAUAUUUAUAUCUGAAAUAAUAAACAUCCUUUGCUUAGUAUUCCUCAGUCUCUCAGUAACAUUUUAUAAUAGUACAUCUUCAGUAUAUUUUGCUUAUGUAUUUGUGAUAUUCUUGAUAAUAUACCAAUUAUGGGCUUUUGUAACAUAAUUGUAUUAACUUGCUAAGCUUUUGAUAACUCUUUUCCUUAAGUAUAAGGUUCCUAGCAGCCCAAACUAAAGAAAUCGCACAGUUUCUAAACAACCUUUCUUGCUCAAAGAUAGUUUAGGAUAAAAUUAAAAAUAAGAAAUUAUCUAAUAGAUUAAUUAAUAAAUGAGUGAUAAUUAUAAUAUUACUGACUUUGCUGGAAGAUCACCUGUGUAGUCUCCAAGAAAAAAGAGAGAAACAUAAGGAUUAUUUUAACUUCAAAAAAAUUGA